AUGAUGAUGGAUGAUGACAUUCAAAGUGUGGACUCACCAAUGACGCCAAGUGCAGCGGCAACAAUGAUGCUUCCAGCUGAUCUUAUGUCAUCUCCAGGAGCAUUUCCCACAGCUCUUGGAAGCGGAGCCAACGUUCUCAGACAGCAUCCAGCGAUUCCUCCAGCGCCUCCCGGGCAGUCGAAGUAUGCCCAGUUGCUUGCAGUUAUUGAAGAAAUGGGAAAGGAUAUCAGGCCAACUUACGCCGGGAGUAAGAGUUCCGCAGAGCGACUGAAAAGAGGAAUAGUCCACGCACGAAUCCUCGUACGUGAAUGCCUGAUGGAGACCGAAAGGAGUGCGAGACAAUGA